AUGGCGAUGAACAAGAUCCGAGGCGCCUUCGCGGUGCCGCGGAAAGGAGAGACCUUUGAAUUGCGAGCUGGGCUCGUAUCCCAGUACGCCUACGAACGAAAGGAAUCUAUCCAGAAGACGAUCAUGGCUAUGACCCUGGGCAAAGACGUCUCGGCCCUUUUCCCCGACGUGCUGAAGAAUAUCGCUACUUCCGACCUGGAGCAGAAGAAGCUGGUUUACUUGUACCUCAUGAACUACGCCAAAUCCCAUCCGGACCUUUGCAUUCUCGCCGUCAAUACCUUCGUACAAGACUCAGAAGACCCCAACCCGCUGAUCCGCGCUUUGGCCAUUCGCACCAUGGGCUGUAUUCGAGUGGAGAAGAUGGUGGACUACAUGGAGGAACCCCUGCGCAAGACGCUCCGUGAUGAAUCGCCGUAUGUCCGCAAAACUGCCGCAAUCUGCGUGGCCAAGCUCUUCGACCUCAAUGCGGGCAUGUGCCUCGAGAACGGAUUCUUGGAGAUGCUCCAGGAGAUGAUUGGAGACCCGAACCCCAUGGUCGUGGCCAAUUCAGUUACUGCGCUUUCAGAGAUCCAUCAUACUGCACCCGAGACCAAGGCUUUGCAGGUGACCCCCAACACACUACGGAAGAUGCUUAUGGCUCUGAACGAAUGCACCGAAUGGGGACGUGUGACGAUCCUUUCGACUCUGGCUGAAUACCGAACCGCCGAUGUGAAGGAAUCGGAGCACAUUUGUGAGCGCGUGGCACCUCAAUUCCAACAUGCCAACCCCAGUGUGGUUCUUGCAGCGGUCAAGACCGUGUUCUUGCACAUGAAGUAUGUCGGCCCGGAGCUGGCAAAGACCUAUCUCAAGAAGAUGGCUCCUCCUCUCGUCACGCUGGUUUCCUCUGCCCCCGAGGUGCAAUAUGUUGCCUUGCGAAACAUCGAUCUUUUGCUGCAGAAGCAGCCCGAUAUUCUGAAUAAGGAAUUGCGUGUGUUCUUCUGCAAGUACAACGACCCUCCUUACGUCAAGUUCCAGAAACUCGAGAUCAUGGUCCGGAUAGCCAACGACCGCAAUGUCGACCAACUCUUGGCCGAACUUAAGGAAUACGCCCUUGAGGUUGACAUGGACUUCGUUCGUCGGGCCGUCAGAGCGAUUGGCCAGGUUGCUAUCAAGAUCGAGAGCGCCAGCGAGAAAUGCGUCAACACUCUUCUGGAUUUGAUUAACAUGAAAGUGAACUACGUUGUCCAGGAGGCCAUUGUUGUUAUCAAGGAUAUUUUCCGCAAAUACCCUGGCUACGAGGGAAUUAUUCCUACGCUGUGCAAAUGCAUUGACGAACUGGAAGAGCCCAAUGCCAGAGCGGCACUUAUAUGGAUUGUCGGCGAGUAUGCCGAAAAGAUCAGCAAUGCAGGUGAUAUUCUUGGUAGCUUUGUGGAUGGCUUCAACGAGGAAUUUGCGCAGACUCAACUGCAAAUUCUCACCGCUGUCGUUAAGCUCUUCCUGAAGAGGCCUGAUAAGGCACAGGGCCUGGUUCAGCGUGUGCUUCAGGCAGCUACUGCUGAGAAUGAUAACCCUGAUGUUCGCGACAGGGCCUACAUCUACUGGCGUCUUCUGUCCAACACAAGCGACCAGAAUGCCACCAAGAACAUCGUUCUAUCCGAGAAGCCCCCUAUCGUCACCACCAUCUCUUCACUACCGCCAACACUAUUGGAGCAGCUCCUUCAAGAGCUUUCCACUCUAUCCUCCGUUUACCACAAGCCUCCAGAGCAAUUCGUUGGACAGGGCCGAUUCGGUGCCGAUGCCGUUCAGCGAGCCGCUAUCGAGGAACAAAUCCAGAACGCGCGUGAGAACCCCUUGGCUGCUGCUGCCGCUGCCGCAGCUGUCAGCGGUUCAACACCCCCUGCGCAGGCGCAAAACAACGUCGAGAAUUUGCUGGACAUUGAUUUCGACGGUGGUGCCCCCGCAUCGGCGCACACGGAGCCGUCGGGACAGAUGUCUGGCCUCGAAGGCCUGGCUGGUACUCCCGUUCGGGUCCAGUCACCCGCAGUUGGUGCUCCCGCACCGCAAGGAAGCAACAAUCUGGACGAUCUCCUCGGUGUCUUCGGCGACUCUGGCGCGGCCAAGCCUUCAGCAGGUCCCUCGAAUGGCGGCGGUACCUCUGAUCUUAUGAAUGGGUUCUCUGGUCUCGAUCUGUCCGGCAAUGCCUCUCCGGCACCUGCCCCUCCUGCGAACAAUCAACCCAAGAAAGCCAGCGAGGAUAUUCUGGACCUGCUCUAG